AUGUUUCCGUUCAACCAGUUCGUUGCAGCUCAGUACAGAUAUUCGAAAUUUGGACAUGGUGGUAUUAAUCAAUUAGGAGGAGUGUUUGUAAACGGAAGACCAUUACCAGAUAUUGUUCGUCAAAGUAUUGUUGAUCUUGCAAAACAGGGUGUACGUCCAUGCGAUAUUAGUCGACAACUUCGUGUUAGUCAUGGCUGUGUCUCAAAAAUUCUUGGUCGAUUUCAUGAGACUGGCUCUAUUAAACCUGGCAUUAUUGGCGGAUCCAAGCCAAAAGUGGCAACACCCAAAGUUGUUGAUGCAAUUACAAAUUAUAAACAACAAAGUCCCACAAUGUUUGCUUGGGAAAUACGUGAACGAUUAAUCGCCGAUGGAAUUUGUGAUCUAGAUAAAGUUCCGAGUGUUAGUUCGAUUAACAGAAUCGUUCGUAAUAGAGCUACUGAAAAACACAAAGAUAUUUCAUCAUCGACUACGUCAUGCUGUCCAUCUUCAACAUCUUCAACAGAUGAUGAACAUUAUGAAGAAACAGGAAGAACUACAUCUUGUUCAUCAGGUACAAACGAUGGCAACGGUUAUACUAUUCAUAGUUUAUUAAAUUAUUCACAAUUUUCAACAGCAGCUUUAAAUGGAAAUUAUGUGCAUGAGAAUAAAUCACGAAAAUCGUAUCAAUCACCAGGAUCACGUAUAUCAACCAAUAGAGGACCUACAACAAUGGCUCUUAAUGAAACAGGUUUAUUAAAUGUUGUACCAUCAACGACCACAAACACGUCAACUGAUUUAAAACGCUUGUCAGCCGAACAAAAUGAAUGUUUGGAAAAAUGUUUUCGAGAAAAUGCCUGGGCAGAUAAUUGUCAUUUAGAAAAUAUUAGUAAAUUAACUGGUCUUGAAGAAAAUACCAUAAAAGGUUAUUUUGAACAACGUCGUAGCAAAUGGCAUAAAAAUAAUGGAGGCGCAUUAUUUAAUUCUUAUUUAUCCUAUCCAACAUGUGUUAACACUAAUGAUUUUUCAUCACAAAUAGCGGAUUCAUCAUCCGGUUAUGCAAACAGUUUCAUUAGUGCUCAACAAAAUUUUCCCGCUAAUACGUCAAUUAAACAUGAUACUGAUACAAUAUCUGGAUCAAAUGAAUUAUUUUAUUCUAAUCCUGCAGUAUCAAGUUUUUCAAUUCCACCUACUCACGCAAAUAAUAGUGGAGGUGUUGAUUAUUAUAGUCAGUAUUCUUAUCCCAAUUGGCAAUAUACUGGAUUUAAAACGUAA